CGGUCUCGGCUCCGCCCCGCGCGGUGACUGACCUCUGGGCGGCCGGACACCGCGGCGGCCGUCACUCGCGCCCUGUCAUGUGUUGACCAGGGCCCAGUUUUGAUGGCGUUUCCCGCCGCACGAGUCGACUCGCCUGGUCUCGAUGGUCUCAGCAGGAACCGCCAGCCAGAAUGCCUCAGCCCAGAUUGAAGCUGGUGGUGACGGGAGAUGACUUUGGCUACUGUCCGAGGAGGAACCAGGGGAUUGUGGACUGCUUUUUGGCGGGGGGCAUCUCCAGCGUCUCCCUGCUGGUCAAUGGCAGCGCGGCCCAGGAGGCAGCUGAUCUGGCCAAAAGACACAGCAUCCCCAUCGGCCUCCACGCCAACCUGUCCGAGGGGGUCCCGGUGAGUCCCAGUCUUCAACAGGCCUCGACGCUGGUCAACCCUCAGGGCUUCUUUCACGGCAAGGCAGGCUUCCGGCAGCAGCUGGAGAAACAGCAGCUCAGCAUGGAGCAGGUGGAGGUGGAACUGAGGGCUCAGGUCCAGCGCUUCACAGAGCUGACGGGACACUUGCCUCAGCACAUGGACGGGCACCAGCAUGUCCACAUCCUGCCAGAGGUGCGAGGCGUGUUCGCUCAGGUCCUGUCUGACCUGAAGAUUCCGUACACCCGGGUCCCGGUGGAGCCGGGCCUGCACAGCUGCUCCUGGCUGCCCGCGCACCUGAGACGGUUCUACACCCAAGUGGAGAAGGAUGCCCUGGAGUCCAUCCCAGUCUUCUCCCGCUGUGGGAUCAGGUGGCCGGAUGUUUACCUGGGCUUGACCACCAUGGGUCAGAACAUGUCUGUCGCCAACCUGCAGCGGGCGCUGGGCCACGCCCUGGCCACCGACAAGCCCGUGGUGACGGCGGAGCUGAUGGUGCACCCGGGGUACCCCAGUUCUCCCAUGGAGGGCGGCUGUGGAGAAGGUCCGGACGACUUCUCCCAGUCUGAGGAGCGGCAGCACGAGCUGAGGGUGCUGACCGAGCCCGCCCUGCUCCAUCUGUACAAGCAGCAGAGGGUCCAACUCUGUGCCUUCAGGGACCUCUCAGGAACCUCCUGUGUCCGGGAAGCCAACCAGUGAGCAGAGGAGGAACCUGGAACCCCUGAACACCUUUCACUGCGUGUCUUCACCAUGUCCGUCCCACCACGAGGACGAUGCCAGAGCGAUGAACUGCUGGACUUCAAGUUUGGACAGCUGCUCUUCCAUCUGGAUCACCUCGGACGUUCACCUGCUGUGGGCCUUCAUGACCUCAUCGAUGCUGCAGAAGUCAGACGUGAGCCUCAAGACCAGCUCUGAACCUGUGAACUAAGAUGCUGCCCGGGAACACAGCCCGACUCCUCUUGACGGUGCUUCCAACUCCGUUUCUUCAACGUCACACGACCGAUCAUGCUGCAACACAAGGUGCUGAGAUCUCAGGGACAGAGACUCCAGUCGUCUUUCCAACGUUACAAUGAGGGGCUUCACCUCAUGUUGGGAGCCGACCUUUGGCAAAAGGUGGCCUCAACUGCUGUGCAAUAUAGUGUUUUCUCCUUGUAAUAAAUGAAUGUUCAAUGGCAGCAAGCGGAUCACGGUUUUGGAUCACUGUGCUCACAGCACUCACUCUCAGAACUGAAACGUUAGAAGCCAGUCCAUCCUCGCUCCAGGUGAAGAGAGGGACACAAGGCAGCCCUGGACACUGGAGCGGAUCUUGGGGAGAGUGCAAACCUCUGACCAGCGACAUGCUUCCUUCACCACAGAUUAUCCCGCAUCUUAGUGAGACGCCAAUGAGCCUCCUUUGACAAAUGUUUCACCCACUAUGGUAUUGCAGAGUUGUGCAUCCGCUAGAAAUCUCUAACUCCUGGUCCAAAGCUCAGACGACCAGAAUUCUAGCAUCACUCAAGUCAGAACCUAAACCUGGAGGAAGCAGCACUUUCUCCGUCGAGGCACCUUGACUGAGACUCGUCUGCCACAGGAGAACCAAAGCACGACUUCUUAAAAACGUGUUUUUCUAGACGUUUGGUGACAUGAUAUUAGCCCAUCUGCUGCUGCUGCACUGUACUGUCCACGUGCGCACUGCAUUCAUGUUCUGGUUCUGCCUGAGGGGCACUGUGUGCCGCCAACACAAACAAAUAUCAUGAGUUUAGUGUCCAUUUGUGAGGCAAAUGCAAAUUUGGACACAGAACUCACUUGUGAAGCUCAAAGAUAAAUAUACAAGACCAAUAGAUCAUUUGGCUUUUGCUGGUCAAUAAUCAAAUUUGAAAUAUCAGAUCUUUAGCUCUGUGACAUGAAGAACUUUGGUUACAGAGUGAAAGUUUUGGUUUUGAACCACAGCGGAGCUCGUCUAUAUCUGCACUGCACUUCCUGCUACCAUCCGCCAGGUGGCGCCUUGAGUUUCACGCUCAACGGAUUUGAAUGAGUGCCAUGACAAAAAUGCCUCGCAAUUGGACCGUGAGGCCAAACCAUCAGCCACCUUUAUUAUGAAACAGAUUGGGACCAAAUCAAACAGAUUUUACAUGGUGUGUCUGUUUUGGGCUGCUCCGAGGGUCCAACACUUCACUCCGCCCCCCCCUCACACACACACGCGCGCACACGUCCCUAACUUCCAGUGCCUUGAUUCCAGACUGGAAAGUUGGUGACCAUCGCAGUGAAUAGAAGAGCAUCACGAUGUGGUAGAGAAAAACUGAGCUGAACAGGUUUAUUGAUCACUCCCGAUGACAGUGUGUCUGUAUGCGUGUGUGUGUGUGUGUGUGUGUGUGUACUCGGGUUAGAAAGUAGGAGGAUGAGGUUGUGGGCCAUGAGUCCAGAGAACAGUGCAAGUCUAGAAGCAGUGGAGGAAACUCGCCACACACACACACACACUCACACACACUCACAUAUGCGCGUGCGCACACAGACACACAUACUCACACACACACGCUUGCUCUCUGUUACUCAGCAAAAUAACAAAAUUCUUGUUGAAAAUAAAACCUAGGUGACUUCUAGAACACAAUUAAUAUAUAAAGGAGCAGCCAACAGAACACAUCGCUGAUUCUAUCAAACUUCCAUGUGAAGUUGAAGAAAAAGAGUAGAAAGUUAGUGAUGGUUUGGAGAGUCAUGGCUGAGGAGUAGCAAGAGGAGGAGGAGGAGGAGGAGGAGGAGGAGGAAGCUGUCUGAUCCACAGAUAGUCCCAGAUGGAGAAGGGCUGCUGAGGCUACCUGGCUCAGCUCAGGAGGACCACUGUGGU